AGAACCCAGUCGUUCCGGAAGCCUAGCAGGCCUCACGCAUUGGUCUUCCGGACCAUUUCAACCCAAACCAUUACCAGGCCUACCCUCCUCGCCGCCACCGCCCCGAAACCCGCAAGGUCUCCGGCCGCCGCCCGUCUCUCCCUCUAUCUCCUUCUUCCCUCACCUCGAUUUCUACGUUCGCAUCCUUCCUGUGAUUUUGCGAAGGAGUGGCCCUCCCGGAGCCAUGGAGAAGGAGAAGCAGACGCCGGGGUCCGGUGCCCUCCUCCUCGCCCUGCGCUGUUCCAAGGCGUCGGCCCUUCUCUCCUCCCUCAGGCAGCCGCCCCGCUCGACGACGACCCGCCGGAGCUCCUCUUCCUCCUCGGAGCUCGAGCUCCGGAACUCGCGCCUCCUCCACACGGAGCUCAUCGCGGCGCGGCGCGAGGCCGCCGGGAACGCGCGGCUAUCCGCUGCUGAGCUUUUCCUCGUCAUCGCUCUGGUCCCGCUCCUCUUCCUUUUCGUCGGGCUUCUCGCGGCAGCGACGGCGGAGAUCGUGUGAUGGCGCUGUACAUUUCUCAGUUUUGGUGGUCUCGAAUUUGCGUCUGGUAGGUGUUCGAUCAAAUGCGUGUUCCUGUGUUGAUGUCUGUAGGUUGUGGUGAUAAUUAGGACAUGCCGACAUGGAAACAUAUACUGCAAGAAUGGAGGCUUGUCUCGUUUAUUUGCAUCCCUUUACUAAUUUCUGAUUGUGAUUGAUACAUGUGGGAACAAUGCAGAUUGAUGGAUGCAGGGAUGCCUGGCAGCGUUGCUGUUUGUGUGUAAUGAAUGAACAAGACCUUGUUGAUGGAAUCCCAUGAUGAUUGUUAAGUUUCUAGUAUAUGGUUAUUCUUUAAUGUGAACAUAAAGGCAUUGAGAUCACAUGAAUGGCUCUGAAAUACUAGAAUGUGCCAUGGGAUUUUACUUAUCCAUGGAUUCCUCUCUUGUACAUUGUUGCAAGAAGUGUAAGCAUCAUCCUCAUUCCUCAUAUGGAUUACAUAUGUUUUGUUUC